GCUAUUCCUCGCGGAUUUCAUUUGGUUUACUUCUUAAUAAACGAUGCACAGUUUUAAUCCUUUUGCUAUCAAUGGACAGUCAUUCCGUUUACCAGUUAUGUUGUUCUUGAAAAUCGUACGACCAUUUUCUAAUUGCCACUACGCUAACCGGAACCCUCGUAACCUUGAACUCUUAGGAUUGGCACCAAAACGAAAAGGUUGGGAAUUCCAGGCUCCUCGGAUCGAUUUUUGGUACAAGUACGUUUACUACAAAUCGCCACCGUUUUCAUCCAGAGUUUAUCUCAAAAAAACUUCGCAUCACACUAGUGGCGUCGUUGUUCACUCCUCUUCUGCCGUAGUUCUUUCUGCUUCCACGAGGGAGCCUGGUAUCCAGAAGCAUCUCUUUAGUUGUGUCGAUGUAUGCGCCUCACAUAACAUCGGAAGGGUCCUCGCCGAUCGAUGUCACCAAUGCGGUCUUCUUUCUAUGUUGUUCGACACCGAUGAGACACCAUUGACAAACGAAAGCGUCAAUGCGUUUUACAACGCCCUUAUUACCGGUGGAAUUACUCUUCAAGAGCCCAGUGAAUUCUCUCCUCCAGAACAGCUGGGUAUAAAUUAUGAUGAGCUUUCCGAUUCUUCGAAGCGUUCUCUUUAUCCUAGUUUGAUUGAAAAUCUUCGGACCACACCAGACUGGGACGACAUACCAUACCCGUAUUCGCUUCGUCCCAAAGCUGGGAAAGCGAAAUUACAGAACAAACACCAAAUCCUCAGUAAGGUCCGCCAAGGCAUGGUUUGGGAUCCGUUCUAUUCACGAAUGGUUUUACCCCGCAACAAAGCUAGCUGGCAAGUCAGGUUCGAGGAGCGCCAUUUGCGUCGACUGGUGGAACCCAUCGAUCCUCUGAAAACAGACGAAUCCGUUCAAUUGGCAAUUCCCGAGAGUUGGCGUAUGGAGUAAUUCUUUCACUGUUUCCAUCCUUCUCGCUUGUAUCCAAACAUACAUCUCUGACUUCCACAUCACUGCAUUUGUUUUCUUUCAUUCGGGUCCUAUGCGUACGGUGGAACAGAGUGAGAUCAUUUUGGUUUCUAUAGUUGUUCCAUGGUAGUUCGGUUUCAAAAUGACCACUCUUUUGCUACAAAACUGUUAUUUUUCCCUUUCGAUCUCAGACCUUCACCUGCUGAUUAUUAACCAACGAAAUACUCAUCUAUUCUCUUACCUUGA